CCCUGACAAGGACGUGGGCUUCAUAAUUCUCUUGCCUCCCGGGUCACUGCCAGACCAGGAGGGACCAGCCUAGGCCUCCCUGGCCCAUCCCUGCCACCCUGACUGCCCUAUGCCACUGGUACAGGUCCUGGGCCCCUGGACCCAGCCACCGGCAUGCAGGCCAGUCGUUCAAGAGGGUGAGGGAAGGCCUGGGCCCACCCAGCCUCCCCAGAGCUGAAAUUGGGGUGAGCAGAGCCCCCCACCCCCGAAGUGGCCCUGGCAUAAUGCCCAGGGGAUCGGAUGAGAGCACCCGAGAAAAGAGACGCCCAAUUGUGAGUUCCUCCUGGAACCUCCCUAGUGCCCAGGAGGAGGCAUCCUGUAGGGGGACGUGGUCAUCAGGGGACCCUCCCUGCUCCUCCCGGCCCAGCCCCCAGGAAUCAGUCCCCACAGCCACCCUGAAGCCCAUCCGCCGCUUUGUCCCCCGUUCCUGGAAGGACUUUUUCAGCCGUGGACGGAGAUCAGGGCCAGAGGGCUUCCCCCCAAUCACAUACUUCCCAGCGGACACUCAGAGCUCUCUGCCGAGCCGCCCCAUCCUCGCCCAGGCGAGGUCAAAGAGGAUCGUCUUUGAGGAUGAGCUGCCAGCGUGCCCACCCAGGGGGCCUUCUGGGCCAGGUGGAGGGCACCCCGGGAUGAAAAGGGCUGCAGUCCCAAGACACGACUCCGCGCCACCCCUGGUCCCCGACUAUGUGCUGAAGUACCCAGCAGUGGGGAGCACUAGGGAGCGGGCCCAGUUCAAGGCUGUCUUCAAUGACCAGUAUGCCGAGUACCGUGAGCUGCAUGCGGAGGUAUCUGCCGGGCUGCACAAGUUCCAGGAGCUAGAGGCCAUGAUGGCACAGCUUCCCCGUCACUCAGCCUCCAGGAAGGAGGAGGCCCGUCUGGCCCGUGUGCGGAGGGAAUACGAGAAGAAGAGGAAGGACCCUACGUUCUUGGAGAAGCAGGAGCGCUGUCGUUACCUGCAGAAGAAACUGCAGCACCUCAAGGUGCAGAUCCAGAAGUUCGACGAGGAGAACAGGGACGGUUCUGUAUAUUUCUGAUCCCUGGCCCCACGACCUCUCUCCAGGGGUUUCAGCCCUGAGAAGUAUUCUGCCAGAGAAAGGGUUUGGAGAUUCAGGAGCAGAGCUCGGGGGCCAAGGCAAGGAGAGGGAGAGUAUGAGGGGAGGGUGGCUGGAGGCUGUUGCUGCCCCCCCCAUCUCUUGUCCCUUCCCUGCCAUCUCACCCAGACCCAGAACUAGCAGGGAAGUCUCUGCUGCAUGGAAAAUCCCUCUCGGAAGGGUUUUGGCUGAGACCUUGUGGGGGCCCAGGGCAGCAGAGAGGUGAAGGGGUACCACAGCUGGAGAGGUUGAGGGGAAGCCCGAAGCUGAGCCUGUGCCAGAGGCUGUGAGCAUGGGCCAGAUUUCCCCUCCACUCGGGUUUGGUUUCCUGAGACCCAAAGGCUGCAGCUUCAAAGCCAAAGGGAUAGUUAGAGGUAAAGUAGAAUAAGAUUUGGAGGUGGCAGGCGGGAAAGCAGUUCCAUGAGGACCAAAGGCCACAGAAUCCUGUGGCUUACAAAGACUGUGGACCCAAAAUUCUACUGGAGAGUCUUUGGGGAUUAGAUUUGGUCCAAAGCAUUGGGGGUGACUUUGUUCAUAUCCCACCCCAGAGCCAGCAUGCCCCCUGGGCAAGAUGAAAGAAGA